GCCUGCGUCUUGCACUGGUCGUGACGAGUUCCCAAAAUGGCCAGGAACAGCGAUGUUGAACAUUCGAUCGAGCUGCGUGCUCCAACGAACCGGGAUUCUGGCACGCCGAGCAAGGCUACUUUUAGUAACGAUGCUUACGAGCUGGCCAGGGUCGGAAAGAAGGAGGUGCUGAAGCGACGAUUUGGUCUAACGAGUACUGUCGGGUUUGCCUGCAGCUUGAUGCUGACUUGGGAAGCGGUUAUAAUGAACAUUGGCUUGGGACUCACCAAUGGUGGUCCCGCCGGUUUGGUGUAUGGCUUUCUUGGGGUCUGGGCGGGCAUCAUUUCCGUGUUCAUUUCGAUGGGGGAGCUAGCAAGCAUGAUGCCGUCGGCGGGCGGACAAUAUCAUUGGGUGAGCAUCUUGGCCCCCAGGUCGGCCAGGAAGUUUCUCAGUCAUGUCACUGGCUCGGUCUGCAUUAUUGCGUGGACAGCGGCCCCCACAGCCGCCAUCUACCUGGCUGCCAGUGUGCUGCAGAGCACCAUUGCCAUGAACAUCCCCAGCUAUGAUCCCAAAGGAUGGCACAUCACGCUGAUCAUGUGGGCGAUUCUGCUCGUCUGCACAGUUCUCAAUACUUGGCUGGGGAUGAUCUUGCCGGUCAUUGAAGUGCUUAUCCUUCUUGUCCAUGUGCUUGGCUUCUUCGCCGUCUUGGUUCCGCUCGUCUAUUUGGGGCCCAAGGCCGAUCCGCGAUCGAUCUUUACUGUAUCCUUCGAUUAUGGCGGCUGGGGUGAUCUGACCUUGGCUACCUUUAUCGGGUUAAAAGGCACUGUGGCUGCGUUUGUUGGCACUGAUGGCGCGGUUCAUAUGGCCGAAGAAGUCGCCAACAGCAGUCGGGUGGUCCCCCGUUCUAUGCUGCUGGCCCUCAUGAUCAACGGCGCAACUGGCUUUGCCAUUCUGAUUGCCUUCCUCUUCACCGCUGGAGACCUGCUGAAGAUUGUGGAAUCCAGUGCCUCGUAUCCCUUCAUGUACAUGCUGGCGAGCUCGACGGGCAGUAAGGGUGCUGCGGUUGUUCUUUCCAGUAUGAUGGCUAUUCUGCAAGCGUGUGCAGGACUCGCGGGUAUCUCUUCCGGCAGUCGUAUGCUGUGGUCAUUCUCCCGCGAGCAGGCCAUUCCCGGCUGGCGCUGGGUGCGACAGGUGAACCAACGGACUCUAGUGCCCUUCCACAGCACGUUGGUGGUGGUCAUCGCGGCCGGUCUGCUCAGCCUGAUUAACAUCGGGUCGGCAGUGGUGCUGAACAUCAUUCUGUCGCUGGUGUUGGAGGCCUUCUUUGCCUCGUACAUGAUCUCUCUGACUCUCCUGCUCUAUCGUAGAUUGCGCGGCGACCUCACCGAGCCGGGUCAAGGCGGCGGUGUCCUCAACUGGGGGCCCUUCCGAGUCAAAGGGUGGUUGGGCACGGCAAAUAACAUCUUUGCCAUUGCCUACUCCAUCAUCAUGAUGUUCUUCGGGUGCUGGCCACCGGAGAACCACCCUGCUCCCAAGAAUAUUAACUACAGCAUUGUCAUUUUCGCGGGAGUUACCCUCAUCAGUAUCGUGUACUAUGUGGGAUGGGCGCGGAAGCACUACAAGGGCCCGCUAGCCGAGAUUUAGUUGGAUGCUUUUGACUCACUAACAGCUCGGGAAAUGGCGCAAUUUUCCUCUUGAUUCAGGGACUUUUCCCCUACUUAUUAGUGGCGUCGCCCUAAAAUAGUC